UUUAAGAGUUUAAAUCUAAUGUAAAAGGUUCGUAAAUAGAGAUUAAAGUCAGUGUGAGUUAUUUGUAGUAGAAUCCUGUAUUAGAAGCUAAGCGAGUGUGUUUACUGAGGAAAAGCUAAGCUGGUUAGAGAGGUCGGUCCUGACGAGCUGCUUAACCGAUUAUUGUUUUAUAUCGAUUAUUUUAGUCACUUAUUGAUCGAUUCGGGAUUUUAAUCAACAUGAAGAUCACGGUGGAUUUUGAGGAAUGUCUCAGAGACUCUCCCAGAUUCAGGGCCACCAUGGAGGAGGUGGAGGGCGACGUCUGUGAGCUGGAGUCCAAGCUGGAUAAGCUGGUGAAGCUGUGUAUCGGCAUGAUCGACGCCGGGAAAGCGUACGUCUCCGCUAACAAGCACUUUGUGAACGGCAUCAGGGAGUUAGCGCAGCAGUCGGCCGACGACGAGGUGAUCGAGGUUAGCCUGACCAAGUUUGCAGAGACACUGCAGGAGAUGACGAAAUAUCACACGAUCAUGUUCGACCAGGCGCAGCGCUCCAUCAAAUCCCAACUUCAGAUGUUCGUUAAAGAGGAUCUGCGCCGGUUCAAGGAGUCGAAGAAGCUCUUCGAUAAGGUGAGCGAGGAGAAGGAAGCGGCGCUGAUCAGGAACGCUCAGGCUCCCCGAAAUAAACAGCACGAGGUGGAAGAGGCUAGCAACAUCCUGUCCGCCACGCGCAAGUGCUUCCGCCAUAUCGUCCUGGAUUACGUCCUUCAGAUCAAUCUUCUGCAGUCCAAGAGACAGUCGGAGAUUCUCAAAUCGAUGCUGAUGUUCAUGCACGCCCACCUGACCUUCUUCCACCAAGGGUAUGACCUCUUCAGCGAACUUCAGCCCCUGAUGAAGCACCUCGGGGUCCAGUUGGAGCAGCUGAUGAUCGACGCCGCCAAGGAUAAACGAGACAUGGAAUGUAAACACUCCACCAUUCAGCAGAAGGACUAUUCGAAUGAUGACACCAAGCUGGAGUACAACGUGGACGCUGAGAACGGGGUCAUCAUGGAGGGGUAUCUCUUCAAGAGGGCGAGUAAUGCCUUCAAGACCUGGAACAGGCGCUGGUUCUCCAUUCAGAACAAUCAGCUGGUGUAUCAGAAGAAGUUCAAGGAAAACCCCACGGUGGUGGUGGAGGAUCUGCGCCUGUGUACGGUGAAACACUGCGAGGACAUCGAGCGCCGCUUCUGCUUCGAGGUGGUUUCACCUACAAAGAACUGUAUGAUGCAGGCUGACUCGGAGAAGCUGAGACGGGCGUGGAUCAAAGCCGUGCAGAACAGCAUCGCCACGGCCUUCAGAGACCGAUCAGAUCCCGCCGAGAAGCUGGACAGGAAGUCCUCGCCCUCCACGUGCAGUUUGGAAUCCGACCCCAGAGAGAAGAGCGUGAAAGGAGAAGGAGCUUUACAGAAGGUCAUGGCCAUCGCCGGGAACAACGUGUGCUGUGACUGUGGCCAGCCGGAGCCCAAGUGGGCCAGCAUUAACCUGGGCAUCACGCUGUGUAUCCAGUGCUCGGGCAUGCACAGGAGUUUGGGAGUUCAUUUCUCCAAGGUGAGAUCUCUGACCCUGGACACAUGGGAGCCUGAACUGCUGAAGCUGAUGUGUGAGCUGGGAAACGACGUCAUGAAUCGGAUCUACGAGGCUCGCAGGGAGGAACUCGGGGCGACAAAACCUCAGCCAGGAGACUCCAGGCAGGACGUGGAGUCGUACAUCAGAGCUAAAUACGUGGACCGGAGGUUCAUCAGAAGGCCGUCGGAGGAAGAUCUGAAGCUGAAGGUCACGGCUUUGAGCGUCCAGCGGAAACGUCUCAGCAGCUCCUCGGAAACGCCCCAGGCUCCUCGACGCUCACACGGCCACAAAGAGUCCAGAACCUCAGUGAAAAGUGAAGACGGUGGAAUUCCGAACAGCGCUGAAGGAAGCAGAGAGGUUCUGAGCACCAGCGCAUCUUCUAACAACCUGGACCAAACAGAAGCGGCCGACGCCCAGUCUGCGCCGUGCGGCGGUAAAGAGUCGCUGGUUUUCUCGGAGCCCAAACAGUUCAGUCCCAGCAUGCAGCUGUACUGGGCGUCCUUCAGCUGCAGCCUGCCCGACAUGGCCGAGGCGCUGGCACACGGGGCGAAGGUCAACUUCAUCAACACGGACGAGGACAAGAGGACGCCGCUCAUCAUGGCCGUGUACGGGGGAUCUCUGGUCACCUGUGAGUUCCUGCUCCAAAAUUCAGCCAAUGUGAAUCAGUGUGACAGUCAGGGGAGAGGACCCCUGCACCACGCCACCAUCCUCGGCCACACCGGGCAGGUGUGUUUGUUCCUGAAGCGCAAAGCCAAUCAGAACGCAUCAGACAUCGAGGACAGGACGCCGCUCUCCAUCGCCGUGGAAGCAGCGAACGCCGACAUCGUAACACUGCUGCGACUGGCGAAGAUGAAUGAGGAGAUGAGGGAGUCGGAGGGACCGUAUAACCCCACAGGUGAUGAAACAUAUCAGGAUAUUUUCCAGGAUUUUACUCAGAUGGCAUCAAACGAUCCAGAGAAACUGAACCGUUACUGAUCCUGAGUCUGCUGCUGAAGGACAGUGCAUUCCAAAAGUAUAUAGACGACCCCAACGAGUAUAUUCAGCUAUUUUAGCCACGCCCAUCACAUACGGAUGCAUUAAAUCAUCUACAUGUCCAUAAACAUUAGCAGCAGAAUGAACGAGCACGUCCUUCAAUUCUUUAUCUGUCUUAGAAAUGCUUUGAUUACCUGGUGCUAUUCUAUGAGCAGCAACAGCUCGGUCUCAAAGCCAGACGAGCUUAUUAAAUAAGCCGAGUGCUGAAUCAUCUGUCCUGCAAACACACUAGAAGCCACAUCAGCUCGUGACCUGUUCAUCAGAAGCUUCGUGGAUUGAUUUCAUGCAGGAACGUGGUUGCACACUCGCCCGCUGGUGGGGUGUAAAGCACACCACCAUUGGACACCGGACCAUUCUAAAUACCUAAAUCUGGCAGAUGCCAGGAGAGAGCGACCCUGUAGUGAUAGUGAAUCCCUGUAGUCGUGUUCCAUGAUCUAGUGAACAGCGUUCCAGAAGGGUGGGGCAGAACUCAGCUCAGUAUGGAUGAGAUGCUCAGGUUUCAGACGACUCCGCUCUGUCUGUGAGGAGUUUCACUUCAUGUAUUUACAGGAGGGUUUUCUCACCUCCUAAAACAUGCAGAAGGUGGAUUGGCUUUAAUUUUCCCCAAGAUGGGAGUAAAUGUGUGUGUCUGUGAUUAACUGAUGCCAUGUCCAGGGUGUAGUAAGACAGUGAUCAGUGUUUUCAAGCGGUGCAGAUCCUGAUUGGGCGGACAGAUGGAUAAAUGAUUGAAUGAAUGUAGGAAUGGAUGGAUGAAUUAUGGAUGGAUGUGUGGAUGGAUGGAUGAUUAGGUUGAUGAAUGGAUGAUGAUUGGACGGAUGGAUGGAUGAUGAAUAGAUGGAUGGAUGAUGGAUGAAUUAUGGAUGAUGGAUGGUUGGAUGGAUGAUGAAUGGAUGGAUGAUGGAUGGAUGGAUGGAUGGUUGGAUGGAUGAUGAAUGGAUGGAUGGUUGGAUGGAUGGAUGAUGGAUGGAUGGAUGGAUGAUGGAUGGAUGGAUGGAUGAUGGAUGGUUGGAUGGAUGAUGGAUGGAUGGAUGGAUGGAUGAUGGAUGAAUGAUUAGGUUGAUGAAUGGAUGAUGGAUGGAUGAUUAGGUUGAUGAAUGGAUGAUGGAUGGAUGAUUAGGUUGAUGAAUGGAUGAUGAUUGGACGGAUGGAUGGUUGGAUGGAUGGUUGGAUGGAUGGAUGAUGGAUGGAUGGUUUGAUGGAUGGAUGAUGGAUGGAUGAUGGAUGGAUGAUGGUUGGA